AUGUAUGACGACGCUAACACGAUGUCCGCUCUGGCGCACGGACUCACUGACAAAGUGACCUCCGUUGAAGAAGUAGCAGGAGCGAAAUGUGACAUGUGUGCACCAGGAAGGUAUGGUGCAUUAUGUGAACAGUCAUGUUCCCUAGGAUGUAGUGGAGGAUCGUGUAAUAAAACUGAUGGGACAUGUAGUUGUCUUGCGAACUUUACAGGAGCGAAAUGCGACAUGUGUGCACCAGGAAGGUAUGGUGUAUUAUGUGAACAGUCGUGUUCCCAAGGAUGUAGUGGCGGAUCAUGUAAUAUAACUGAUGGGACAUGCAGUUGUCUUGGAAACUUUACAGGAGCGAAAUGCGACAUUUGUAAACUGGGGUGGUAUGGUGCAUUAUGUGAGCAGUCUUGUUCCCAAGGAUGGGCGAAAUGCGACAUUUGUGCAACAGGAAGGUUUGGUGCAUUAUGUGAACAGUCUUGUUCCCAAGGAUGUAGUGGAGGAUCAUGUAAUACAACUGAUGGGACAUGUAGUUGUCUUGGAAACUUUACAGGAGUGAAAUGCGACAUUUGUAAACUGGGGUGGUAUGAUAAAUUAUGUAACCAGUCUUGUUCCCAAGGAUGUAGUGCAGGAUCAUGUAAUACAACUGACGGGACAUGUAGUUGUCUUGGAAACUUUACAGGAGCGAAAUGCGACAUUUGUACACUGGGGUGUCUUGUUCACGGGGAUGUAGUGGGGAAUCAUGUAUUAAAACUGAUGGGACAUGCAGUUGUCUUGGAAACUUUACAGGAGCGAAAUGCGACAUUUGUGCACAAGGAAGGAGCUAAAUGUGACCAGUGUGCUGCCGGAAGCAAACAUUGCCUGAACCAGUCCUGUCAUAUAAACGGAGACUGUGAUCUGGGAUGCGCUACUAACUCCUACGGAAAACGUUGUGAUGAUCCUUGUCCUGAAAACUGUGCCGUCAUUGAGAAGGCUUCUGCGUGUUUGCAGAUCAGCGGUGUGUGCUUGCGAGGAUGCAAAGAUGGAUACGAAGGAGAUAUUUGUGUUCAGGUCUCGAAACAAGACGGGGCUGAAUCAAGUGGCAAAAUUGCUAGAAUAGCAGGUGGUGUUGCAGCCGUUGUGUUUGUUGCUCUAUCGUUAAUUGGUGUUUGGGUUUUUGUUCGAACAAGGUAA